AUGAGUGCCACCCCUUUCGGCCCCUCUCAGGGCUCAUCUAAUGGAUCACAACUGUUGUCCCAAAAGAGAGAACACUUUACUUCUCCACAUAUCCGCGCCACUGCCCAUGCGGUGUGUAGUGCAGAUAUGUCGAACUAUCCUAAAUUUUGUGAAGUGGUCUCUGAUUUAGCUUCUGCAGCUCGGGAUGCUCGUCAAGCAGAACGGAUUGUUGAAGAAUUACGUCGCAUUACUACCGAUAUUCGAGACGGGGUUCCUUUAAGUCCUCAGGAAUUUAUUCUUUUUUUGCGAGAGUACGUGACGUGCCGAGAGCUUUUGUUGCCGAUGGUUUCACAUAUUGAGAGGGUCUCAGGUACCCCCCUUGGCCAGACGCUCGCCUUGACCUCACAACUCGAUCAGUUGUGCACGGAGUCUGGCGUGUUGUCGAUACAAAUUUUCCCGAUUCUAAAGAAAAUUCACUGUUUCUUUAUGCAAAUGAUUCCCUUGGAGGCAGAAUGUGAUUUCCUGAUGCAAGUGAAUCGCGACCAAAUACUCCAUACUCUCAUGCGCUUUCUAUGCAAGCUCCUUGAGAAGGGCCUGGUUGCAAUGAGGGCGUAUCAGCGCCAUGUAGGACCUCUCCGGGUGGACUCAAAUAAACCUGAGGGUACCUCCAAGGUUGUCGCAACCAACGGCUCCGCUAACAUUGACGGUGAAAAGCCCAAAAUGACCCCUGAGAGUCGAGGUCAAAUGCAGUUGGAAAAGGGUUGCACCAUCGUGGAAACUGUGAUUCUGGAGCCGGAUGUGAAAGCUGUAUUUCAGGAAAUAAUUUCAGAAGCACUUGCGUGCAAACCCCUCUUUGACGUCAUGCCGUACGAUCUAGCAGACACUUUCUGCGACAUCCACGCGGAUCUACAAGUCCACUUUGCGCACAUAUGCUGGUAUCUCAAGGCAACGUCAAGGAGCUCAAGCGAAGAUAGUCUUACCCAAGCGAACGAUGCAUUCGAUGGGGGGAUGGCUAAAUUGAGCGAUCUCUCCGUUCUUCGAAUGUGGUCGGCUGCAGUUGGGGUCCAACCGGCGUGCGAGGCGCAGCUCUUUAAAGAGACCCUGCUACCAAAGCUCGGGCCUGAAUGGUUGUGGGAUCCGCUCAUGGAGGUGCUCAACUACAAAAACUGUGGGGUGGUGUCGUUCUUCUCCCUCAAUAGGCUGCUGAAGGUAUGGGGACCACUGGUUGUGAUGGAGGAGAACUUUGGACAGGGCAUCCAGCGAGGGUCCCUAUGCCUGACCAAGCCUUUUGAGUAUUGGCGGUGGAUGUUCGCACGCCGGCCGGAUGCCGCUGCGGGGGAUUACCUCGUCGCCCUUACGGAGACCCCUGGCGAGGUGUACGUGAUAGUGUUGAACAGGCCGCAAUCCGCCAAAGGUGCUGCCCACGGCGUAAGGCAUGGCUCGAGUCCCUUUAGUCGACCCCCUUCCAUCACGAACGCGGAGAAAGCAGAGCUGCCAGGGGCGGCCUCCGAUCUUCGCCUGGCGAGCUACCCCCUCUCCCAAGAAACCGGGUUAUGGGUGAUUGUGGGGAUGGCACGCAAGAUGUUUGAUUCCAUCGUGGAGGCCUGUGAUGCGUUUCCGAUUUUAUUCUGUAGGCCGUGUGGGGAGCGGUACGUGGAGCUCUCGGUGGGAGGGGAUCCAGGCUCGUCGCGAUCGAUCGGGGGCGGUCGGAGGUCCACGCCUUUCCAUCCCUCGACCGGCUCGAUGGAAGGCCUCGCCUUGCAUCACGCCUGCUAUUAUGGCAACGCGCGUUACGUGCAGAUGCUCCUUCUGCAUGGGGCCGCCACGAUUGUGAACUGCGCGGUGGUCGACCUCAUCGUGAGCCCCGGCUUCUGCUGGACGCCCCUCCUGUGCGCGGUGAACACCCCAAACUCCGAUCCGGUGGAGGUGGUGCGGAUGUUGUUGGAUGCAGGGGCGGAUCCGAAUUGCAAGGAUGACGCCGAGUGCACGGCGCUUUACUACGCCAUUGCGAACGGCUACGCGGGGUCUGUGGCGCUUCUGCUAGAGCGCUGCCCGACAUUGUCGAGCUCCCCGGUGACGAUACCCUUGUUUAUGGCGCUCGGCGCGAACUGGUUUCUGCCGCGCAGCAGCGAUAUCCGGCGACUCGCGGACCUGAUCCCGCUCGCAAGCGUCGUCGCCGCCGUUCUCACGACGGUUCACGAGUAUGAUCUGGUUUACCUCGCCGUGCGCAUUCUGCAGCGAAUCAUGUUCGCACCCAGAGAAGUUCAUGAAGGCGCUAAAGGCAUAGAAGAGUUUCAAGAGACUGAGACGUCGGUUGCCAAUAUCAGCGAACCAUACUCCUCUUCGGACUGGGGUUCCCCAGACGCGCAACUGGUGCUAAAGUAUCUGCCUAUGGGACAUGAGGCGUUGGAAAUCCAUACCGACGAUGAGAUAUCCUCCCUAACUCAGAUAAUACGAAGCCACGACUUGCUCUGUCGUGCUCAACCCUUGCAAAUGCAGAUGGUACUGCGGGCGCUGUAUGAUCGUUGCUUUCUCCUCUCGGUUCGGAACACGUUCAGUGAAAGUAGGGAUGUGCCUAAUGCGCAUACUUCUUCGAACGCUCAAUGA